CGGUUCGCAAUGGUGGGACCAGAAAACUUCUGAUGCUCCAAGCGCAGGUAACACCUGUCAAGGAGUUGCCUCACACCAUCACUCGGAUCAGAAAACUUCUGAUAAUCCAAGCGCAGCAGGAAACGUUUGGUCCACGCACCGUCAAGGACUUUCUGUUCGUCCAAAUGCGGUAGUGUUUUUACAAUAA